UAAAGAUGGUCGCAGAGUAGGCGAAAGCUGAGAGUAGUUUAUCCGACCGGAACGGGCAGGUUGGCUAAGGGAGCCCUUUCGGCUGCUGCUUUGACAUUGUCGCUCGAGCGUCGGGCAGCCGGCGCGACAAUGACCCUUUGUGCCUCGAGAGAAGCGGCGUGGGCCGCCGACAGGGCUCGUGGAAUAAAACCUCCCCUUCUUCCGUAUCCCAGGGGGUACCGUAAACUUUGAAGCUGUAACAGACCCCUGACAGGUCAUCAGAAUGUUUAAGAAAGGAAUUGCAGGUUAUCUUACUGCGCUGGGCCUCGCGGCCCAGCUCGUCGAGGGCCAACUCGAGCCCGAUUGCAACCCGCUGAACGCCGUCUGCCCACCGAAGAAGGGCCUGGCGGACGAGAGUUAUUACAUCGAUUUCACGAAGCAGGUCCGGCCGCCGCCCGGCUGGACCAUCCCGAACGACCAAGCCGUCAACUUCACCACCGAGGGAGCCGCGUUCACCUACGCGAAGAAGGGGGACGCGCCGAGCAUGUCGACCGACUUUUAUGUGCUCGGCGGCCGCUACGACGUCGAGCUGAAGAUCGCACCGGGCCAGGGCGUGAUCAGCAGCGUGUCGCUGUGGUCGGACACCCAAGACGAGGUCGACUGGGAGUUCUCCGGCAACCAGCACGGCGAGAAGCCGUUCCCGCCCCGCGACGGGAAGUGGACGGUCGAGACCAACGUCUUCGCCCAGGGCAAGAUGUGGGACGGUGCAGCCGCCUACCAGAAGGACGCAUACAAGCCCGCUGAGCAGUUCCACAAGUACUCCGUCGAGUGGGACGAGAGCCGCAUCGACUGGUACGUCGACGACCGGAUCGUCCGCAGCGCGCGGGCCGAGGAUGUCCCCAGCGAGUUCGUCUUCCCGCAGUCUCCGAUGAAGCUCCAGCUCGGCGUCUGGGGAGGCGGGGACCCCGACAACAGCGACUGGACCAUCCAGUGGGCCGGCGGCGAGAUCGAUCCUAAGGGCGCACCCUAUACCUUAUAUGUGAGGAGUGUCAAUAUCACGAACAAGUCCCCCGCCUGCCAGUACAAAUAUAGUGACAAGGUAAGUAAACGUCCCGUAGUAGUGAGAUGGUCUUUGCCCUAAUGAUAUCUUAGACCGGAAAGAUUGGCUCCAUCGAGAAGAUCCAGGACGGAUGUGGCCCUUCCGCGUCAUCGAGAGUUGUCAAGAGGGACCCAGCCGCUGCCGAGUAUUCCGCGAGCCCUCCAGCCUCGGCUGCCAGUGCGGCUGAAACGACCCCUGCGGCCC